AUGGCCGCCGUCACCACUGUUGACCUUCCCGGUCUGACCAAGAUCGCCACGGGCAAGGUCCGUGAGAUGUUCGUCGACGAGGAUGACCAGUCGUCGCUGCUCUUCGUCGCCACCGACCGCAUUUCCGCCUACGAUGUCGUCCUCGCAAACGGCAUCCCCAACAAGGCCAACGUGCUUACCCAGCUGACUGCGUACUGGUUCAGCGUCCUGUCCAAGCCCGGCGUUCUGGCCGGCCAGACCGCGCCUCUCGCCACGCACCUGCUGUCCCUGGCCCCCGGUCCUACCGCCAAGAUUUCUGAUGCCGAGCGUGCCAUCCUGCGCGGCCGUGUCAUGCGUGUCCGCCGCCUGCGCAUGUUCCCCGUCGAGGCCAUUGUCCGUGGCUACCUGGCCGGCUCGGCGUUUGCCGAGUACAGCACCAAGGGCACGGUCCACGGCGAGCCCGUUGGCGUCGCCGACAGCGGCUCCGAUGCCGUCCGCUUUCCCAAGGGCAUGGUCCGCUGCCAGAAGCUGCCGGCCCCCGUCUACACACCGUCCACCAAGGCCGAGCUGGGCGCCCACGACGAGAACAUUUCGCGUGCCCAGGCCGCCGCGCUCAUCGGCAACCCGGCCCACGCCGCCCGCAUCGAGGAGCUGGCCUUGGCCGUCUACACGGCGGCCGCCGAGCAUGCCCUGAAGCGCGGCGUCAUCAUUGCCGACACCAAGUUUGAGUUUGGCCUCGACGAGGCGACGGGCGAGGUCGUGCUGGCCGACGAGGUGUUGACGCCCGACUCGUCGCGCUUCUGGGUCGCCGACCAGUACGAGGCCGGCCGCGAGCAGGACUCGCUGGACAAGCAGUUUCUGCGCAACUGGCUGGUGAAGGAGGGCCUCAAGGGCAAAGAGGGCGUGACAAUGCCGCCCGAGAUUGUCGAGCAGACGUCGAAGCGGUAUACGGACGUGUACGAGCGGCUGACGGGUCAGACGCUGGAGGCCGCACUGGCGAAGCUCGAGUAG